AUGUCGUACGAAGAUUUGCAGCCAGUAAAAUUCGAGCCGCAAUAUUUGCAACGUCCCACAUUUCAAACGCAACCACUUUCGCACUAUGAAACUCCGCCACCUGCACAAAUCUCCACACCUCUAUCAAUGCCUCAUAUUAUGUAUGAGAAUUAUACGUAUCUCCAGCCACCCAUCGAAUAUUUGGGACAAACUCCACAUUAUCAAACGGCUGGAUAUCCGGAAAAUACUCAUACAAAUUUGACAAAUUGUCCGGAUACAACAGCUUCACCGAUGGUUAUGACGACACCAUUGAAUCAUAAUAUUGAAUCGAAACCUGUGGCCUUCUUACCUUCAGCUUCGAAAUCUGCUGUUCCUUCGACACCCAAAAAUAAUGGGACAUCGAAUAAAAGAAAGUUGUCGAUGAUUAGCAAUGGAACAUCGAAUGAUUUGGAUAGUGAUGAAUUAUCGGAAGAGGUUACGAAUCAUUGGAUGCCUAUGACGUGGAUUGAGAGGAGUUCGGAUAAUGCACAAGGUAAGGGAUUAUUAUCGAGGAGAGAGGAAGACCUCAUCAAUCUUGAGAAAAAUGGGUCACGUUUGAAAUUCGAAAAAUUAAAUUUCACGUGGCGAAACUAUUCAGGUUUUUGUAAUUUUGAAAAAAAUCGCUUUUCAAUUAAUUUCUCGAGAUUUGUUCUAUCUUAAUUUAAUUUUCAAAAUGAAGUGAAAUUUUGAGGAAAAUCAAAUUUUUAGCGCAAAUUUUUUCACCAGAAAAAAGUGCAUGGUCAAUUUUCAAUGAAUUAUAGUGAAAUCUACGAAAUCUACCACGCUGAUCACGAUCCAGAAGUUAAAAACCCGAAACUUUUACUUUGGAGCUCUGAAAACAUGCUCACAGGGUUCUCAGGUCAUUUUUGACUUUGAUAUCGUGAUCAGCGUGCUCGAUUUAGUAUAUUUCAUCAAUGUUUUAUCGAAAUGCACUUUUUCCAGCGAAAAAAGUUUGUGCUAAAAAUUUGAUUUUCCUCAAAAGUUCACAUCAUCGUGGAAAUUGAAUUUAAAUAGAACAAAUCUCGAGAUUUUCAUUGAAAAAGGGUUUUUUUUUCAAAAGUACAAGGGCUUGGCGAGGAAUUGAUUUCACUGUAUUUUUUUUUGCAAUUCGAGGGAGACGCAGACUUUAACGUGGGCAGACAAAUCUCUCGCCGAAAAAGGGAGAGAAAUAGUGUGUGGCAGACACACAGCGUGUCGAGACCAGCGAGUGUCUGCGUCUCCUCGAAAUUGCAUUUUUCUAUUGGGAAAAAACACAGUGAUUUUUUGCGAAUUUCAAACGUGACCCAGUUUUUUUCUGAUGUUUAAUUUCUUCAAAAAUUCAUUUUUUUCAGUUUUCAAUUUUGUUUGCCUCUGGGAUCAAUGUGUCGAUCCGACUCCAACCAAACAAGAAUUGAUGUCUCAUGUUUAUUCGCAUGUUGAUGAUUUGGCUGGAAGUUUGCAGUGUAAGUUUUCUCUCUCUCAAAAAAAUAUCCAUUUUAUCGAUUUUUUUUGCAGACGAUCAAAAUACGGUGUGUUGUCGUGUUCGUGGAUGUAAAAAGGUUUUGAGUGGAAUCGAGGAGCUCCGCCGACACGUCACAAUGCACAUUUUCCAAGCUGAUUGUCAACAAAAAGGAGCUGAAGCAUUGUGUGAAAAGGAGGAAUAUUCGUGUGUUGAAUGGUGGGUUUUUGGGCGGAAAAUUCACUGUUUCAGAGAUUUUACAAAUUAAAAUAGGGUUUUUUGAUACGCUAUGAUAUGGAAAAAAUAUAAAAAAUUAGAGAAAAAAAUUUUUGUUUGAAAAAAUUCACUGUUUCAGAAAAUUUCUAUUAAAAUUGUUAUGGUUUUUGUUAUGAUGGAAGAGUGUUGUAGUCAAAAAAUCUAGGAGAACUUUGUUUUUUUCGAAGUUCUAUCAGAAAUGUUUGAAAGAUUUGAAGCUUUUUGUUCAAAAAAAAUUCACUGUUUCAAAAAUCUCUUAUAGAUUUUGGUCUGAUUUUUGCUAUGAUAAUAUUGCGCAUUCGAAAGAAAACUAAUUCUACUAAUUUUCAUUCGAAAACUCAUGAUCUUGUUUCGAAAAUUCAGCUGGAAUUUUGAACAUGUGAAAUUAAUUUUUUACCCAAAUUCUAAGUUUUUGUUCUGAAAAAUAUCACUGUUUCAAAAGUUUAUCAUAUACUUUGGUCCGAAGUUUAAUUUGAUAAUACGGCAAUUUCAUUUUUUGUAAAAAAAACAAUAACAAUUUCUUGUAUCCUAUUGAAAAUCUACUGUUUCAAAGUUUUUUGAAAUUCAGAAAUUUUCUUUUUGAAUCAAUACGCUUUUAAUUUCAUUCAAAAUUUCUAUAAAUAGUUGGGAAAAUUUCUUUUUUAAAUUUCACUGUUUCAAAAUAUUCAUAUAAAUUUUUGAUAUUUAUCUGACGACAAUAAAGUUAUUUUUCCAGCUGUGGUUUCGAAUUGAAUACAAAUGUUCAUUAUGAUGGUGAAGUAUUAUUAUGUCAAUGGAGUGAUUGUGGAAUACCAUUUACAUCAAUAUCCGAUUUAUUUGAUCAUGUUAUAGCACACGUUGAUCAUAUGCAUGAUAUUGAUAAAGUUGAACAUGUUAAUGAAACUGGAGACAAACGUAUAGUAUUUCCUUGUCGAUGGUAUAAUUGUUAUCAAUUUGCUGAUUCGAAAGCCAAUUUGAAACGACACAUUCGACAUCAUAGUGGAGAGAAGUUGUUUGCGUGUCCGUUUUGCGCGAAAUUCUUCUCGAGAAAGGAUAAAUUGUAUGAUCAUUGUAUGCGGAGAACUAUUAUUUUGAAUGAAACUGAAGAGCCAUAUGUGAGUUUUUUAUUGGAAAAAUGGGCGUUAUGCUCGAAAGUUUUAGAAAUUGAAAAAAUCUAGAGCAAUUAGGUUAUUUAGCUUCAAAAAUUUACUGAUAAAUUUUGUCUUGAAAAAAUCUGAAAUUCUUUGAGAUUGAGCAAACACGAAUCGCAUCAAAAAUUAAUAAUUUGGGAAGAAUUACAUUGAGAUUACGAAACAGUGAAUUUUUUGAUUGAAAAUGAGAUUUAUCGAAACCCAAAAAAUUUCACUGUUUCAAGAUUUUAUGAUAUUUUUCUCUUGAUUUAAAAGUUUUGAUAAUGCCGAUUGAUUUUUUGCAGAAAUAUUUCAAGCUUCAGAGCUCCAAAAAGCAUAAAAAUCUGUUUUGCUCUCAAAAUUUCAAACAGAAAAUUAUUUUUUUGAAUUCUCUAACAUAAAAGAAAUGUACAAAAAAUUUUGAAUCUGAAAAUUAUGCACAUUUUUUGAAACAGUGAGAUUUUUUAAUAUGAAAUAAGCUCAUUUUUCAAUGAAAUGUAAUGGAAACAAGUAAUCUAUCAAAAAUAUAACUAUGCGAAAAUUAUAAUUUGAAAUUGUGAAACAGUAAUUUUUUUUCUCAUUUAUCAUCAGAAAAAAAUCUAAAUUUUUAUCAUCAAAUACCCCAAUUUUUUGCCAUACAUAAAAUGGGUCCCCAAAUUCGGUGCGGGGGGCUUAACUUUUUCGAAAUUUUUUAAGGGAAGGGGGUCUAACUUUGAUGAAUUACAUAAUUUCUGUUUUUUCAGAGUCAAAGUCCAACUGGAAUUUUUUUGUAAUAUUUUUUAUUUGUAAAAAUAUAACAUUUUAUUAUUGCUUUCUAAAUAAUCUGCAACUCGAUCGGCGUUGGCAGAGUCUGGCCCAGAAGAACAAAUGUAUAUAUACAAGUAGCUUGUUCAAUUUUUUUUAGCAACGGAUUUGGAAACUCCAAAAAUCGCCUUCAUCAUUAAAAACUUUGAAAACACAGUUGGAACUGGACUGAAUUUGUCGAUCGAUUUUGAGUUUUUCUUUUUCUACCAACCUCCAUUUGCCACUCUUUCUACAAAAUUUAGCUCAAUGAAAUUCUAUUGUUUUGCUUCAAAAACUUCGAUGAUUUUUUUGUUUUCUGAUUCUACAAAAGCCGAUUUUCUCAAUCUGUCACUGGAACUCGAAACCUCGACGGAUCAUUCAAAACUAAACAAAAAACAUCAAUUUUGUAAACAAAACUCAGGUAUGUUAUGAUGGGAAAAAUAAGGGAAAAAUUUAAAAAUUUGAAAAAAAAUCAAAAAAAAAAUUUUUUUUAUUCAAAAUUUUUUCACCAAGAAUUUUUUGGAACUACUUGACCAAACAUGAUGAUAUUUGGUACAAAGAUACUUCAACUAUCCUAGAUCUAAGUUUAAUAGACAAUGUUCUCUGAUUUUGCACCUCCCGUCUUUUCACCACCCCUCUUUGUCAAAAAUCACGAUUUUUGGUCAAUUUCAUGCAUUUUCAGAUCCUAAUUCAAUUUUUACUUCACCAAUUCUAGUAAGACUUGGCACAAAGUAACUUCAACUAUUGUUCUUCAAAAUCGAAAUGAUACAUGGGUAGUAAAUUGCGUUUUCGGACACUUAGACACCCCGAACCUAAUCCGGUGCGUAUGGCCCCAAAAGAGGGGCGGGGUGUCUAAGUGUCUGAAAACGCAAUUUACUACCAAUGUAUCAUUUCGAUUUUGAAGAACAAUAGUUGAAGUUACUUUGUGUCAAGUCUUACUAGAAUUGGUGAAGUAAAAAUUGAAUUAGGAUCUGAAAAUGCAUGAAAUUGACCAAAAAUCGUGAUUUUUGACAAAGAGGGGGUGGUGAAAAGACGGGAGGUGCAAAAUCAGAGAACAUUGUCUAUUAAACUUAGAUCUAGGAUAGUUGAAGUAUCUUUGUACCAAAUAUCAUCAUGUUUGGUCAAGUAGUUCCAAAAAUUCUUGGUGAAAAAAAAUUUUGAAUAAAAAAAAUUUUUUUUUGAUUUUUUUUUCAAAUUUUUAAAUUUUUCCCUUAUUUUUCCCAUCAUAACAUACCUGAGUUUUGUUUACAAAAUUGAUGUUUUUUGUUUAGUUUUUGAAUGAUCCGUCGAGGUUUCGAGUUCCAGUGACAGAUUGAGAAAAUCGGCUUUUGUAGAAUCAGAAAACAAAAAAAUCAUCGAAGUUUUGGAAGAAAGUCACAGAUUUUUAAAGUUGAAGCCUGCAGUUUGUAAAACGUGGAAAGUCACGGAAUUUUCGGCAGAUUAAGAAGAAAAACUCAAAGUGGUUUAUCUACAAAAUUGUUCCAUUUUAUAGUUCCAACAUAAGUUGAUAUCCAUUUCCAGAGUGAUAAUUGAUAAAGCCUCUCUCAUUUUUUUUAAGAAUAAAUGAACAAGCCACUUGCAUACAUUUGUCCUUUUUUUGAGCCAAACUCCGACAAUGCCAAUCAAAAUUCAAAUUAUUAAAAAAGCAUUAACAAAAUGAUACAUUUUUACAAAUGAAAUAUACAUUACAUAAAAAAUUCUUUUAAAAAAUGAAAGGAAAGAAUCCGAUUCGAUUUCGUCUCUGAAAAAAUUAGAUUAUAUGGGAAGGAAUAUAAUAUUUGAGAAUGGGCAGUGCUGAAACAGUAGAUUCUUGAGUUUUGAAUUUGUCUGAUUUUUGUCAAAAAUUUUUUAAAUCUUUUGAAUAUAGUUCAAAAGUUAGAGGAAAGGGGGGGGUUAACUUUUGAAAAAAUUUUGGGAGGGGUGCUUAACUUAAAAAAUUUACGUGGGGGACCUAUUUUAUGUAUGUUUUUUGCAGGUCUGUAAACUGUGUCAAAAAGGAUUUGGAACCGAAAAAGCGCUUUGUAUGCACGUUACACGACAUGUUAUGACUCAUAGUUGCCCACUUUGUGGAUUGGGAGUUUCGAGAAGAGCCGAUUUGCAUCGACAUUUGAUGUUGAAACAUUCGAGUCGAACUAGAGAUCAUAAAUGUGAUGGAUGUCCCAGGAAAUUCUUUUCGGAGGUUUGUUUGGGAAUUUUUUUUUUUGAAGAAUGAUGUUUUUGAAAAUAUUCACUGUUUCAAAAAAAGUUUUAAUUUUUCAUGAAAUGUGGGGCUUGCUAUUGGUUGUGUUCUGAUAUCCAUGAUCUUCGAAUUUUAGAAAAUUCUUGGGCCGAUAAAGGUUCCACAUUCUUUAAAAAAUAGAUUUUUCAAAGUUAAUUUGAAGUUUAAAAAAAGUUGUCAAAAAUUCACUGUUUCAAAAACUUUUUGAUUUCUCAAAAAAAAAAAAAUAAAACUGUUAGUUCGAUAGAUAGCUCACGAAAAUUUACUGUUCCAAAAUUUAGAUGAAUUUAUUGUUUUUGAUGCAAAGAUCAUGGUGCUUUGGAUGGAUUCUAAUCUAAAAUUCAAUUUUCAUUUAAUUUCACUGUUUCAAAAAAUAAUUAUAACAUUGAACGUUUUUUGAUGAAUGAUUCAUGGUUUCCUUCGAGUACAAGCUAAUUUUCAGAAAAUAUCAUGGAAAUCUCACUGUUUAAAAUUUUUUGGACACUAUUUUAAUUUAAUUUUCCUUGCUUUUCGAGACUCGAGGCAAAAACAAAAAAAAAUGAUUUGAAAAUUGACAUAAAUUUUUUGAAUUGAAAAAAAUUCACUGUUUCAAAUAUUUUGUAUCCAAAAAACUUUCCAAAGUAAGUAAUUAUAUGAUUUGUUUUAUGGGCCUAUGCAGAAUAAUAUUUUGUAAUAAAAAAACAUAAAAAAACAUUUUUUUCCUAUGCAGAAAAACGUCGAAAAAACAAAAUAAAGAUAACGUGAAAUUGAGAGAGCGCAGACAUAAAAUGGAUUUUUUUUCUGCACUCUCUCAACUUUACGUUGUCUCUACUCAAAAUAGUAAACUGUAUAUUUUGUUUUUUCGACGUUUUUCUGCAUAGGAAAAAAAUGUUUUUUUUAUGUUUUUUUAUUACAAAAUAUUAUUCUGCAUAGGCCCAUUACUGUUUCAAAUUUUGAUGAAAUCAAUUAAAUUAGCCCUCGAUAUCACUUGAUCUGUUUCCCUAUUUUAAAUUAUAUUAUUCUUAUUUUCAGAGUGAAUUGGCACGCCAUGCUGUAAUGCACACUGAUACAAUGUACAAUUGCAAAUUCUGCCCCGAAAAAUUCAAGUGGAAAAAGCAGUUGUUGAAACAUUUGAAAGAACAUGAUGAGGUUUGUCUCGGUUUUUUUGUUUUGAAAAUUUAAAUCUCAAAAUUUUUAGAACUACAACCCAACUCCAUACGUUUGUCAUUUGUGCGAGAAGAAUUAUUCGGCCGGAUUUGCGCUAAGUCGCCAUUUGACACAUCAACAUCAUUAUGCGGUGCCUUACGGGUUUAGUAGGUGAGUGAUUUUUGAAGAUUUAAAACGGGGUUUUCGUGCUGAAAAUUUGUUUUGAAAUGUGAAAAUUGAGAUUUUCUAGGUCAAAAAUAUCUGAAAAAACCAACAUUUCAUGUUUUUCAGCUCAAAAGUUGAUAAAAUUUUAUCUUUUUCACUAUAAAUCCCUAAUUUUUCCAGAUUCACUUACAAAAAAUGUGCGGAUGGUUUAAUGCGGCUCCAAACCAAGAAACUCUAUGCGAAUGAAGAUGAAUAA